AUGGGACAAAAUUGGGCCACAUGGAUUCAAAAAUUCGAAUUAUAUAUGUUAGCUGCCGUGGAUACGAAUGCUUCUGAAGAAAAAAAGGUGGCAAUAUUCCUGAAUUUAAUCGGAGAUGCAGGUUUGGAAAUUUUUAAUACCUUGAAGUUAAAAAUUUCUUCUGCAAAACUGGAGGAUGUAAAGGCGGCAUUCAAGAAGUAUUGCGAACCAAAGAAGAAUGUGGUGUUCGACCGUUUUAAAUUUUUGAGCUGCACUCAGAAGGAUGGCCAGUCGAUAACGAGUUUCAUUACGGAAAUAAAAACUCUGGUGAAAAACUGCGAGUACACCAAUGAAGAUGAGAUGGUCAGGGACAAGAUCAUAAUGGGAAUGAAGGACGAUAACCUGCGAGAGAAGCUGCUGCAGAAUGAGAGCUUGUCACUGAAGAAAACUGAGGAAAUUUGCAACAUCAUGGAGAUUAGCCGGCAGCAAGCAAGUGUGAUCACUGGUAAUCAGCCAAAGCCGGAUUAUGCCGUUGAUGCUGUUACUCAGAAGAGAUUAAAUAAGUUAAUUGGACACUGGAGCAGAGUGUAA